GUGCGCAUGCGUACCACAGCUCUUCCAACCGGAAACUGACUUGUCAAUUUUGUUUUGGAAGUUGACAGGCACGUGAGCUGCUGACGUCACCAGCAGACAGAAAGCAGCGACAUGGCGACGGAGUCUCCUCUAAAGGUCAUAUUUGAACAUGAAGGAGUCUUCAUCCAUCCGAGCAGUGAUGAAGACGGCCUCGAGCAGGAUUUACUCAUAUCAGGCUCCCUGCGGAUUGUUGACAAGGAUGCUGAAGUCCUGGUGGAGUACAGACCUCUGGAAGACACAGUCGACCCAUCAAACAUGCUGUGUGCUGGAAAGGACUCCAGUUCAGUCAUGGAGUGGGACCAGUGUUCAGGUGGGAAGUCCCACCAGCUGUUAGAAAGCCAGCACAGCUACGAGACAGAGUGGGACAUGGUCAACGCCGUGUCCUUCAAGAAGAGAACCUGCACAAACGGAGAGGGCUCUCUGAACCACAGCCAUGAGAGGAGCCGGGGUGCGUUCAGCUUCAGUGUCGGUGACCUCCGGUCCAUCACAGUGAAGGAAGAAGGUUGGACCUUCCUGCUCCUCAAACUGAAGGAGUCCUGCGCCUCCCCGCCUGCUCUGCACUUCCACCAGGGCGGCAGCAGAGAGUUCCUGGACACCCUGAGGACGUUCGCUCUGCUCACCGAGGCUCCAGAGGAUGACACCUGUCUGUUGGUCAGCUCUCCUAACAGAGCUCUGUCUCAGUCCUUUGAGAACCUGCUGGACGACAACAACUUUGGCCUUGUUAAUCAGAAGUUCAGGAAGGAUCCGUACGUCACCACACUGGGGGGCUUCUCUAAAGUCACCAACUACAUCUUCGAUGCCUUCCGGGGGACAGAGGAGCAGCACCAGCGCCCCCCGGAGGAGGUGGCCGACCUGCUGGGGGAGGUCAUCCCGGGACUGGAGAUCAACCAGCAGGAAGAGCCCGGCUUUGAGGUCAUCACCAGGAUCGACCUGGGGACGAGGCCUGAGGUGAUGAGGAGGGAGCCUCUGUCAGCGGAGGACUGGACCAGACACCAGGAUCCAGAGGGGAGGAUGAUCAACAUCCCACGGCUCAAACAAGACAUCUUCAAAGGAGGACUCUGUCACUCUUUGAGGAAAGAGGCCUGGAAGUUCCUGCUGGGUUAUGUCCCCUGGGACAGCACGCUGGAAGAGAGGAAAGUCCUGCAGAGAGCCAAAACUGAUGAGUACUUUAGGAUGAAGCUGCAGUGGAAGUCCGUCAGUGAGGAACAGGAGAGGAGGAACUCAAAGCUGAGGGACUACAAGAGUCUGAUAGAGAAAGAUGUGAACAGAACAGACAGAACCAACAGGUUCUACGAGGGUAUCGAUAACCCGGGUCUGGUCCUCCUCCACGACAUCCUGAUGACCUACUGCAUGUACGACUUUGACCUGGGUUACGUCCAGGGGAUGAGCGACCUGCUGUCUCCCAUCCUCUACGUGAUGGAGAACGAGGUGGACGCCUUCUGGUGUUUUGUCUCCUUCAUGGACCAGAUGCACCAGAACUUUGAGGAGCAGAUGCAGGGUAUGAAGACCCAGCUGAUCCAGCUCAGUACGCUGCUCAGACUGCUGGACUUGGCCUUCUGGAACUACCUCGAGUCUCAGGAUUCAGGUUACCUGUAUUUCUGUUUCCGCUGGUUGCUGAUCCGAUUCAAGAGAGAGCUCAACUUCCAGGACGUUCUGCGACUCUGGGAGGUGAUGUGGACUGGUCUGCCCUGUCAGAACUUCCACCUGCUGGUCUGCUGCGCCAUCCUGGACUCAGAGAAACACAAGAUCAUGGAGGAGAACUACGGCUUCAACGAAAUCCUCAAGCACAUUAAUGAGCUCUCCAUGAAGCUGGACGUAGAGGAGAUCCUCCAGAAAGCAGAAGGCAUCAGUCAGCAGAUUCACAGCUGUAAGGACGUGCCUCACUCCAUCAGCAUUAUCCUGGGCCUGGACCAGGUCUGUGACUCUGGACCGUCUCCGGCUCUCCGGCCGACCCAGCGAGCCGACGCCUGCUCUAACGGACUCUUGAGAGGAAGCAGCUCUCACAGCAACGGCUGCAAAGUGGCCUUCAUAUCGUAGUGAACAGCAGAGACUGACUCAGUGUGUCAGCAGGAGGACGCCACAUCGCCACGGCAACACACAGGAAGAAGAGCGGGAGAAUGUAAAAAGGAUUUAAGAUUAUUCAGAAUCUUAUUUUUGUAAUUUCUUGUACCAUUAUUGUCUCUUUCAUUCAGAUCAGUCAUUCCCUCUGUCCAUGUCCUCUAAAGCUCCAUUCAGACAGUCAGUUAACUAGAGAUAUGACCACAGGUUAUUAUGGUCUGUUAUAGACCAUAGGGAGUCUGUUCUUCAUAACUCAGUGUAUUACUACAGUAGAUGGAGGUUAAAGGGGUAGUUCAGGUGUUUUUCAGUGUGGUUGUAUGAUUGUCAGUGUGUUACUACAGUGGAAUCAGACAGGAGAACCAGCAGGUAGCAGAUCAAUGUCCUGCUGUGGAAGGGGGCAGCAGCUAAACGCAUUUUACACACCUAAAAACAUCUAUAUCAGUUUAAGUGGACGCUAUAUUUAGAAUAUAUAUUUCGCUGCUUUACCUCGCCGUGAGACCGCUGUAUAGUCUGUUUCAGACCGGGAACUGAUGCCGUUAUCUAUGCUCCGAGAGCAACCAGACUCCAUUGAAAAAAACAGUAAUUAUACCUUGUUUGACUAACCGACGGAUGUAGCGGUAGACCAGCAACUCCCCUGUUCUGAGAGGUAAAAUUAUGGGGUUUUUUUUUCAAUGAAGUCUGGUGAUUAAAGCAGCUGUAGACGGGAGCAGCAGGAAAACGCGUUUCAGACACCUAAAAACUUCUAUAAGAGGUGAAAAUAUUCUAAAUAUAGCGUUCACUUAAACUGAUAUAGAUGUUUUUAGGUGUGUAAAAUGCGUUUAGCUAAUGCCCUUGUCCAUUGCAGGACAUUGAUCUGCUGCCUGAUCUACCUGCCUCUACACUGUCUGAUUCUACAGUAGUAAUACACUGAGAACACCAGAACGAUCCUUUAACUGACAGGAGGUGGCUGUAGGAGGAGGCGGAGGAGGAGGAGGAGGAGGAGGUCUGAAUGGAGCUUUAGAGGUGUUUUAUCUCCUCACAGUGAACUCAUCAUGUCCAACAUGAUGAAGACAAACAGAUCAAACUACUCUAACGCUCAUUAACCUCCCUCAGUAUUCAUUAAUAUCGUCUAAAAUGGAAUAAAAUAAGAUGUUAACGUGGA